AUGACAUCUAUAAAGCCGUUUCAGCUAGAGGAUCUACUCACGAUUAAUACGAUAAAUCUCGAUCCAUUAACGGAAAAUUUCAACAUUUCAUUUUAUUCACAAUAUCUCAUUGACUGGCCAAAUUUGUUUUAUAAGUCUACAGAGCACCAUGGCAAGUCUGAUGAAGGAGAUGAGAAUGAGCAAGAGAUAAGCGGGUAUAUGAUGGCUAAGACAGAAGGACAGCUUUCUAAACUCGAGUAUCACACACAUAUAACUGCAGUAACGAUUCUGGAUCAAUAUAGACGUAUUUCGCUUGCGUCGAAAUUAUGUCUUGCACUAGAAAAUAUCAGCGAGGUCCAGCAAACUUUAUUCAUUGAUUUGUUUGUUAAGGUGACUAACCAAUUAGCAAGAAAAUUGUACGAAAAGUUGGACUACGCCGUGUAUCGACGGGUUAUUGGCUAUUACAGUAAAUCGAAAAAGCAAAUUCCAUCGAUUCGCAGCAAGCUUGACUCUAGCGACGAAAAUGACGAUAUUGACGCUUUCGACAUGAGAAAAGCUUUACCCUUGGACAAGGACAGAAGGACUGUAAGAGAAAAUGGCGGCGAAUCUUUUCGUGUCUUGCCUCACGAAGUUCGUCGAUAUUGUCAACAGCUAGCGUGCUCCACUAUCGAGCGAAGCGAGAUAUUGUUAAGAGCUAGUAUGCUCCACUAUCGAGCGAAGCGAGAUAUUGUUAAGAGCUACGUCGAUAUUGUCAACAGCUAUCGUGCUCCACUAUCUCGCUCUGCUCGAUAG